AUGUCUGCAUUAUAUGAACCGGAGGAACCCGAGGAGUCUGAGCAACCUGAGAAGCUGGAGGAAUUUGAGGAACCUGAGUCAUGCCAUCGAAAUUUGCGUGAGACAUUGGAUGGAGCAUUUGCCGAGACAUUGACUGAGACAUUGGAUGUAGCAUCAUUGACUGAGACACUUCAUAAGGCAUCAUUGGCCGAGAAACUGACUGAGAUAAUUGAUAAGGCACAGGCAGAGCCAUUGACUGAGACCUCGGAUGGGACACUGACUGCGACAUUGGCUGAGACAUCGGAUGAGACGUUGGCUGAGGUAUUGAAGAAGGGGGUUGCAAAUUAA